UGACCUAACAACACGUUCGACAGCAAAGACAACUGGGAAACAGAACGAUAGCCAGCAAUGAGUGUUCACAGGAAACUGGUGCUGGCGACUGUCCUGUCACUGAUAACGCUGAGCAUGGAUAGCUUCUUAGUAACAUCAUAUUCGAUGUAUAGCGACUGCUGUCUCCGUUAUUCAAGGGGCCGAAUUCCUUUAAAGAUGAUCUCUGGUUAUGUGGAACAGCAAUCCAAUGAAAUAUGCGAGAAAGAUGCAAUCAUAUUCUACACAGUUGGAGGUCGGGCAGUGUGUGCAGAUCCAGAUGACAAAUGGGUGAAAAGAGCUCUCCGUUAUUUGAGCAAAAAGCUGGAAGAAUUGUCACAUUCGGACUGACAACAUCUCCAAGACGAUUAAGCAGCUGUAUCAGUUCAAUUUAUCACACUUCAAUCCUUCCUACAUAGUAUCUAUGUACCGUUAACAUUUUGUAGAACACUGCACACUUCUAACUUAUUAUCAAUUGAUAUGUAAGCUUUUUGAAUUGUAUGUUCCAUUGAACAUGAAUA